AUAUUAGUUAGCGGUUCGACUAAUGUUUCAGUGAUCGUUACCUUGUUGAACACGGUUUGUCGUCGGUAAAUACAGUUUCCCCCGUUUCCCGAGGUUGUCGCCUGUCAGAAAAGUGCUGCAGUGGUUCACGAAUGAAUCCAAACCAUCGAACUCUCAUCCAUAUUUACGGUUGAGACACAAAUGUGAAUCAGUGCUUUAAAAAAAAAUCUACAGCAGCUGAUUUUUUUACCCGAAAGAAAAAUCAAAACAAUAAGCAUGAAAUUUUAAAAGCGAGGAAAUAUGGACGGUCACAAUCAUGAUAAGGAAAGCUACGACAGAAGGAAUUCGAAUACCGAAUACGUCCCAACGAAAUGCCGAAUCACGAGACCACCGCCACCGAAACCAGCGACAAACCCGAUGCAAUUCGUCAAAGUUGCACCGUGUCCUUUGUCCCAAAAGGCUCAGGAACAGAUAAAGAAGGUCGAGGAAAUCAAGAAAGAGAGGAAGGAAAUUCGAGACGAAACUGAAGACUGGCAACAGAAUUUGGACAAUUGGAAGAGCAGCAGACGAAAACGGCAAGAGCACAUAAUAGAACGAGUGGUCGAGGUGAAAAAAUUGACUGAACAAGAGGAAUUUGAAAGGUCGCGAAGAAAGAGCAAGACGUUUAGUGAAAUGAUAGAGGAAAGGAAAGAAAAAGGUCGCCCUAAAUUUACAAUACCGAUAUACGAUGACGAAUCGAAUGAUUUAAGCGAUUACGGUAUAGGUAGUAGUAGUUCGAAAACGAACAGCAUCAAAGAUGUCGAUACGGACGACAGCUGUAGCAUUUUGGACGAAAAGGACCACCAAUCUUUCGACUCAACGGGCAACAAAGACACGUCGAGUAAUUCAAACCAAAGUCAAAGCGAAGACGAAACAAACAAUCUUACGAAAAAAAGCGAACAUGUAAAUCGACAGUACUUAAAUAACAUUACAGCCAAUUCAACUCCGGUUAGACCUUCGAAACCUAAACCGAAUGUUCCGAACAAGGCUUCCAGUUUAAAUUUCGAUAAUAAAUUUAACGAUUUUAACACGAACAAAGAACCGAUAGAACAAUAUACGUACGAAGGCGCGAUACAGGAUUACCGAUCGAGAAUCCAAUCGAAAAUUAAGGUGGACGAAUCGAUUUUCACCAAAAACAGAGACGUUAUUAAAUCGAAGGAAUACUCUGAAGCGCAGAGCGUUUUACCGAAAGGCGAAAUUUCAAAACGAAAAGGUUUGUUCGAGGUGGAUAAACCUCUGGAAAUCAAUCACAUGGAAACCCACAGUUUUCGCCGUUUAAGCGAGGAUUUCGCCAACGCGAGGAGCAUCAAAGAUAGACUCAAAAGUUUAGAAAGAUCCACCGACCAAUCAAUUAAAAGUGUGGAUAAAAGUGACAUACAAAUAUCUGUAAAGCAAAGAUUAAUGGAUUUCAAUACGCAAGCCGAUAAUGAGAAUAAUAAUGUAGAAAAAUCCAAACCAAACAAGAUAAGCAACUAUCUGUUAGAUAAGUCGAACGGGUCGGUGGCAUUUGAAAAUCAAAAACCAAGAUCGAUUUGUAAAUCGGAAAGGAGUGUUAGUCCUGAAGCCGAGAUGUAUCUGAACAAGUUGAAUAUGUUUAAUAGAGAUCUGGAUAAUUUAAUGGGCGGCAAAUCGAUAGAGGACAACCUCGGUGACUAUUGCAAUUCCAGUACCAAUUACCCGCCUUCUUUAUCUUCAGUAGAGUUGACUGAUAGAGAAGAUAGCGGGAUUCACACUGCCGACGUAUCAUGUUCAGUCAGUCAAGCUGAUGAACCUACUGAUACGGAGACCGAAGCCGUUUCAAAUGCUAUACCGAAAUGCAUAGAGAAACUAAAAAUAUCGGAGGAGGCUAAUGCUAUAAACCAAAUCGUUGAAGAACCCCAAGUAAACGACGAUGAAAUUAAUAAUUCGAGUAGUCAGCGAAACGUACUGUCUCGAGAUGUUAUUAACAGCACUAAAGAAUUUUUGGAAGAUCUUAUCCGAGACGCGACGGAAAACAUUAAAUUUCAGAAGUGGGAUGGACAAACUAAAAAAAAUAUUAACGUUCAAAAGAAAGAACAAAGUUUACCAGAAGAAGUACCGUCUUCCGCAGCAGUACCUGAAUCAUUUUUAUUACCAAAGACUGUAAUAUAUGAAAAUAUCGAGCUUAAACCGUAUCCAAAUAAUUUACCUGUAGAUUUCAUAACGGCAGACUUUUCUUUGUCGACAAAAAAACUAGAGCCUCCCAAAGUUAAACCGCCGCCACCGCCGCCUCCAGAAGAUGAACAAAAUCACGUCCCCAAACCGGUCAAAAGGAUCAACUCUACUAAACGUAUCAAAAAAGAAAUCCACAGCAAAAGAUCGAGUUUCUUAGGUUUGGACGAUACAAAUAUCGACUUAAUCGAUCCCGACGUGUUAGUCGAAAAACCGCCCGACAUAAAUUCGUUUUUGCAAAAAGAAUCUAAGUUGGAAAAGUCUUUGUACAAGAAAAUGCAGGAAGAGAAUCGUAGCGGUCUUCUGAGUAAAGUGGAAAGUCAAGAUUCUGGACUCGAUAUCGAUAGGGGAAGAUUGUCGAGUGACACUUGGUGUAGCAGUAUUGGUGACUCCAGUACGCCAAGCCACGAACGUCAAGACAGUGAGCAUACGAACAGUAUAACGUCGGAGGAGGAUGAAAUUACCAAAAAGGAACGUGAAAUAAUCGAAAUGGUGGAAAAGGAGGAAAAAUCGAGAGACAAUUCGGACGUGGUUAAUCUGACGAAGACUGCCGUUGCACCUAAAUGCGAAAAUUUUGAGCCCACUUUGGGAAGCGAACAAUUCAACAGUCCGUAUUUUCCUCAGUCUUCGCCAGAUUUCUUGGAAGACCACGAUUCGGAAGUGCUUAAGGUCGAGCAGGAGUUGAGACAACUCGAACGAGAAGAGUUGGAGAGACAAAGAGAAAAUCGUUUAUUCCAAGAAAGUCGUAACCGAGCAAGACUUCAAAACAAUAGACAUUCUUUGGAAAAUAUAUGCGACGAUUAUCACACAUAUGUCAAUACUGACUACAGGAAGUCCAUGCCUGAACUCCAACAUCUUCCUUUGGAAUUUCGGAAAUCGAUCGGUGACGUGACUUCCGCUUAUUAUGAAAGAUCGGAAGAGAUUCAUUAUCGUAAAUCGAUGCCCGAUAUACAGCACGCUUAUCACGCUUCAGCUGACAGAAGAACGCUGAUUACCAACAAUCUACCAGCUAUUGACCAUAGAAAAUCUAUGCCGGAGCUACAACACGACGCUAGAAGAUCGGCUUUUAUAUCCCCACCACCUGUUAAUAGACAACCAAUUAUGCCUAAACCGCUGAGAACUCAACCAAAGCCCAGAAUUCUAACCAAGCCCAGCCUGAAAGCUCUGAGCGCCGUGCCUAGGCCCAGGCACAACGACAACUGGAUUCAGCCCAAGGCUAAUCCAGAAGUCAAGAAUUAUAAUCAACACUGGGUAUUUCAGGAAGCUGAACUUAGAAGAUUGUCUGAGCAACACCAGAAAAAUGCGCCAGCCCCUAAAAAUUGGCAGCAACAUUCUCGGCAAGAGAAACCAUUGCCAGACUCAGUGAUCCACACGAUCACACAGAGGGUACAGAAUCGAACCAGCGCUAAUGAACGUAUCCAAGCGCUCAGGAGACCUGACGUAGUCAACAAAGAAUACAGUCCCAAACCCUACAUCAAUCAUUCCCAAACUAUGGGUCACGCCAUGCCUUCAGUACCUUACUCACCACCUGCAAAAUUGGACGACAGUUUGCAAGAUCGUAUGCUCAGCGUUAGUGGGAAAAAGAAAUGCUCCUACUGCAACAAUGAAUUAGGUCGUGGAGCAGCCAUGAUAAUCGAAAGCUUAUGUUUAUUUUACCACAUGGAAUGUUUUAAGUGUUGCGUGUGUCGCAUACAGUUAGGCGAUGGGCGUAUGGGUACCGACGUGAGGGUUCGAAAUCAAAAACUCCACUGCCAUAACUGUUUUUCGAGCGACGAUGGCGUCAAAUUCAGUUGUGUUUAAAUCCCUGUAUAUAUAAAUAAUGAAGUUUGCCUUCAUUUUUCUUGUAAAUAUACGUUAUGUUGUAUUUAUGUUUUGUAUUAUAUAAAUAUAUGAAAUUAUUUGAUAAAUAUAGCUCUACGAUGAUGUUUAAAAUUUCGGUUUUUCAGUGAAAUUGUUAAUCGUUAAUGUUGGCAGCUGAAGACACUAAGUGAUAUAAAAUUGACAUUUGGGCGCUCUAAUGUUAGUAAGUUUUUCAGGUUAUUAUAAUUGAUAUGACUGAUUUUUACUAUCGAAAUUUUAUAAAAUAUUUAUAAAUGUAUUUGGGUGACAAUUUUGAAAUUUUUCUAUCGAACAAAGUACUAAUUUAUAGUUUAAGAUAUCUUUUUUGUUACUUAUCUCCCUAACCCAUUACGUUCAUAUAGGUAUUACGAACAUGUUUUGGGGGUUUCUGGAGACAAUAUUUCCAGGUGAAGCUCUUACUGAAAGCCAAUUACAUUUUCUAUUUAUUUGUUGAUUUUUUAUUUUACAACAUUCAAUCUAUAUCAAUAUACCAAAAUAAUAGGGACUUAGGUUUUGUGUAUACUAAAUAAUUGCCUCCUUGUAUUAUUAUUUAACAUUUGUUUAUUGUAUAAAAUACUAAAAAAUAAAAUUUAAUAUACAACUUGGUGCUCCAGAUUUUUGUUCCUGAACUAUUAUAGAAAACAGCCAUUUUCUUCUCACAUCACAUUCCUCCACCAAAUUUUUCACCUCCCUACUUC